CUCAUGUUGCUCCAGCUUUUUUCGAUAGUACUGUGAUACACUCUUGGGAUCGACCAUGAUAUUUGAAUAUAUGAGGCACGCAGAAGAAAGAACAAUGAUCUUUGAAAAAAGGUUCCUUUGUGAACGCUCAUUCCUCUUUAUUGGCCAGUCACAGUAUAACAAGCAAAACAAUGGAUCCCUUUUGAUGUUAGACAUGUACUGAGUCGAUCGUAGGCGGACAACAAAAGAAAAAGUUUGUCUUUGGUUUCAGCGACUCAUUCAUUCAUCUUUAAACUAAUCCGAUCGAAGUAAGCAACAAAGAUGAUUAAACUUUUAAUGUUACGGCACCGAGCCUUCUGUCGAGCCUUUUCAACUUCAGUUCGAACAAAGCCCUUUCAGGUGGCUAUCGAUGGCCCUGCUGCAUCUGGAAAGAGUACGACCGCCAAAUUAGUGGCGCAACGGCUUGGCUUUGACUAUAUCGAUACAGGAGCAUUCUAUAGAUGUAUCACGUUUGCAACUCUUUCUAAAGGUAUUGAUCCUUCAGAUUCCAACAAUAACCAUCAGAUCUCUGAUAUUGCAGAACGGUCCGUAAUUCAGCUACAGACUGUCUUUGCAGAGCCUCCACCAGCAUUCAACAAUGGACAACCGUCUUCGUCCUUGUCGACAAGAUCGUUCUUAUUGCCGACUACUCGAGUGUUUUUGAAUUCAAAAGAUGUGUCAUCAGAUAUCAGAACAGGGAUAGUCUCCAAACAUGUUUCAGCUGUGGCAGCCAUUGGCAAUGUAAGAGAAGCAGUGUUGCAAAAGGUUCGUAACCUUGGGGCGACAGAUGCUCACGUGAAGGGCCCUAAUGACAGCAAGAAUGACAAUAACAACAGUAAUAGUGGACUCGCUGCUAAGUUAAGCACUCCCAAAGGUCUGGUAAUGGAUGGUCGCGACAUUGGCACGGUGGUUUUGCCUCAUGCGGACCUCAAAGUGUUUCUAGUGGCAGAUAGCCGUGUAAGAGCUGAGCGUCGACUUCAGGAACUGAUUAUGAACGCUGCGGAUUCAACAGAACUACAGGGACAACUGGAUGUUGAAGCUGUUCAGAAGGAUCUUGAGAGGCGAGAUGAGUUGGAUCGGACACGAAAAGUAUCACCCCUCCGGAAAGCAGAAGAUGCAAUGGAACUAGAUACAUCUAAUCUUACGAUUGAGGAGCAAGUGGAUGCCAUCGUGCAGGAAGCCUUGCAUAGACAGCGACAGUGUUAGUGGAUCAUAAAAAAGUGUAAAUAUAAAUAAACUUCAAAG